AUGUCGUCACUUCAUCAACGUUUACUUUUAGAAGUGAAGAAAGUUUUUUUUACGAAAUUAACGUGGAAAGAACCAUUUGCUAGUCAGAUUAUUAGUGAUAGCUCAGAAAUAGAACCUAAAUUUAAAAUGCAACCCCUCUGUUGCCAGUUUUUUCAAAAAAGAUGUAGAAGAUUUGUGUCGAGCUUCAUCGAGCAUCAAGCUGAAGCUCCACCAGAAAAAUUAAGUACUUUGGAAGAUUCCUGGAAUAAUCUAGCGUUUGGUCCAGACUAUGCCGAAUCGCAGAAUGAGGGAACUUACGUUACAAAUGUGAUUAAACCUAUGAUUCGUGCUUCGUUGAAAGAUAUUCCUUAUGGGAGUUCCUUGUUCGUUAAAAAAUUUCAUGAGCUUAUGCGCUCUGAAUGUUCUCGUUUAUUCUGUAGCGAACAGAAACAAGUAGACGAUGAAGUAAAAGUAUGGCGCGAGACAAAUGAUGACCUGUAUUGGACCCGCAAAACACUCAAACCGGAUAGGAGUGAGUUUGGGAUUGGAGUGCUGGUAGCAGGAAAUAUACUCCAUUUAAAUGUGCUUAUUAGGGACGAAGCUGAUAUUCAUAGAUAUUACCACUUACGUUCAGCUAAAACCCCAGUGCAAUUUGCUAACGCAGUUAUA